UUUUCUUACUGGAUGUCGUUUGCUAGAAAAAUGGCGAAUCUUGGGUUCUACCUCACCGCGCUCUCCUCCACACUGUUCAUUGCUAUGACAGUUUUCUUCGUGAAAGAUAAAAUGGGAAGCUACAAAAACCUUUUACUUGUUUUGCCGAUUCUUUUCGCAUUAUUUGAAUACUUGGUUGAUCCGUUCUUUCAUUCAUACAAUGGUUCAUUUGCAUUCUUCCGAUUGUCUUCAUUUGAAAACUAUUCCGCAAAAUUCAAUAUGUGCGCAUUAGCGGUCUACGUCGCCUUAUAUGGAAGCACCGUUUCAGUAUUGGCUCUACAAUUUGUAUAUCGAUACUGUGCAGUAUUCAAGGCUCAUUUUUUUGUAAAACAACAAUUUCAAGUAUCCUGUUUCAGCCCCCGCUACAUCCGAAUGUUUUUCGAGGGUCCUCAAUUCAUAUUCUCUAUAAUUUACAUCGCAUUUUUUUGCUUUUUAUUUUUCAUCAAUGACCUAAUAUUCAAUCAACUGGAUGAAUACUCAACUGAAUAUUUGAAAAACGACAUGAUGGAAAGCUAUGGGGUGAAUGUUACUAACGUAGCUGCGUUUGUAUUAGUGGCGUAUGACGAGAGUGGUCACAUUCGGAUCAAGAAUACAGUAGGAUUAUUAGCAAUGUCAUUAGAGUUAAACAUCCAAUACAUCAUCAUUAUCUAUUGCGCCGUUGUGAUGAGCUCAAAAAUGCAACAGAAAUUGUCGACGUUAUCGGAAAAGCUUCAGAAAGUUCACAAGCAGUUUUACUAUGUACUCAUUUUUCAGAUCACCACACCAACAUUGACCCUAUUCUUCCCAGUAUUUGCUCUAUUUUUUGUGCCUUAUCUGAAUAUUGAAAUCAGUUUUCCAACUGGAACGAUUUUAAGUACUUUUGCAUUAUAUCCAGCACUGGAUCUCUUAAUUAUGGUGUACAUUGCUUCGUACUAUAAUCAGGCGCUAAAA